AUGACGACAUGCGAAAACUCGAACAGAUAACAUAUUUGGUUUUGGCUAUGGAUUGUGAGAACUCCCACUUCAAGUGGUGCUUGUAGAGAAGUAGUUUCCACCGAAAAGCGGCGGUGGUGCCGGUGGCGACGGAGGAGGAGGAGGAGGAGAACAGGGCAGCGAUGUUCUGAGUGUUUUACUGGUACUCCAAGAAUCCAAAAAUGAAGGAAUUAGCUCUGCAGUAUAAUAUACCUCUCCCUCCCACCCCAAAACUGAGAAUUCACCAGAGAAAAACUCUUCCCCAUUUUCAAGCCACAGGAGGGAAGAAUAGCCAAAGAGCUGGAAAUUACAGCUCCACCACCAUGGAUAAAAGAAUAUCAACGACUCCUCUUGAAGUUCAAGAGUUCGAAGAAGGAAUGCGGAGCAGUAACUAUUAUGUGAGAAGUAAAGAUGACGAAGAGUAUGAGGAGCAGGAGGAUGCUGCAACAACAUCUUCUUCAAUGUUGCUUUCUUUGAGCUCGAAGCCCGAUAGAAACAUGGCUUUGUUAGACGAUUACGAGAUGGAAGAAAUGGACUAUGUCCCCGACGACCCGAAUCAUCGGAGCGGGUAUGUAGCUGUUGUGGGGAAGCCCAAUGUUGGGAAAAGUACGCUUUCCAACCAAAUGUUGGGCCAGAAACUUUCAAUCGUCACGGAUAAGCCUCAGACUACUAGACACCGUAUUCUUGGUAUUUGCUCUGGCCCAGAUUAUCAGAUGAUACUUUAUGAUACACCGGGUGUUAUUGAGAAGAAAAUGCACAAGUUGGACUCUAUGAUGAUGAAGAAUGUUCGAAGCGCUGCCAUCAAUGCAGAUUGUGUAGUUGUUGUUGUUGAUGCUUGUAAGCCACCUCAAAAGAUUGAUGAAGUUUUGGAAGGAGGAGUUGGAGACCUGAAAGAUAAUUUGCCCACCUUGCUUGUUUUAAACAAGAAGGACCUUAUCAAACCUGGUGAAAUCGCAAAGAAAAUUGAGUGGUAUGAGAAAUUUACGGAUGUCGAUGAGGUCAUACCUGUGAGUGCCAAGUACGGCCAUGGAGUGGAUGACGUCAAGGACUGGAUUCUGUCAAAACUUCCUUGCGGACCAGCUUAUUAUCCCAAGGAUAUUACUAGUGAGCACCCUGAAAGAUUUUUUGUGGCUGAAAUUGUUAGAGAAAAAAUCUUUAUGCAGUACCGAAAUGAAGUCCCUUAUGCGUGCCAGGUUAAUACGGUUAGUUAUAAAAGCAGACCAAAUGCGAAAGAUUUCAUCCAGGUUGAGAUCGUUGUUGAGAAGAAUUCGCAGAAGAUCAUCCUUAUUGGGAAGGAAGGGAAAGCUCUAAAGCUACUAGCAACAGCCGCUCGGCUUGAUAUAGAAGAUUUCUUGCAGAAGAAAGUUUUCCUUGAGAUAGAAGUAAAGGUAAAAGAAAACUGGCGACAAAACGAAGGGCUUCUUAAACACUAUGGCUAUGGCGGGCAAAUUCAAUUCAAACAAGCUUUAUGACGCACAUGUCCACACGACCUGUGUAUGUGGAAGUAAAAAUCAUCAUCGUCUUCUGCUGGCUGCAUUAUAGGAACCGUGUUUUUCCAGCUGCUGGUGAAAUUACCAGUCGAGAUACAUUCCUUGUAUUGCUGGCCGUUGUCACACAACAGGGUCGGCUGUGGUAUUGUCAUAUGUUUAUUUCUUCAGUAGAUGAGUUUUUUCCGCACAUUUUGGGCUCUGAUUUAGACAAGAGCAUGGGGAAUAGCGGUGGACAGGCUUUUGCAAUAUCCCUCUUAUGUAAGAAAAUUGAAACAUCUUUUAGAAAGUAAGGUGGUUCUAACGUUUUGAUGGAUUUAUGGAUUGGACAAGUGAAGAGGCAGCAAAUCUAAACACUCAAAUCUGAGGACUGAGGGAGACUGUAGGGUGUUCCGCCAAGAUACUUACGUAGUGUUUGGAUUUGUAUUUUGAGUGAGAUAGAGAGACAAAAAUAGAGAUAAAUAAGUGUGUGUUGAAAAUAGGUAAUAUGUUUGGAUUUGUAUUUUAAUGUAAUUUAAAGUAA